AUGAGAAGUUAAGGCAAUUUAAAACCCGAAGUACUCUAAUCCUAUAAUAUUUAGAGCUCAUAUUAAAAUAAGGGAAGUCAGGUAAAUAGUUAAAAGAACUCAAAGAAUGGAUAAAACAGAUCAACAAAUUUAGGUUACCCAUCAAUGAUGUCUCCUACUACAAAUUCAUAUGGAUAUAAUUAAAUAGCAAAGAAUAACGAGACUCAAUAAUAUACAUAAUAGUAUGCUAAUCCAACCAGUUUGAGCACAUAAAUGACACCUACUGGAAAAAGUUUAUCGUUUUCAAAUGCAGCUCCAAUGUAGUAUAGUAAAUUAGCAAACUCAAUAGACUCUUCUUCUGUCACACCUUCUCACUAAAAUAAUGGGCUUUAAGUAGGAGGUAACAACAAUAAUUAGUACGGAUUUAAUAAGCAAACCUAUGGAUAUGGCAAUUAUAAUACUAUUGAUCACGCAUAAGGUGGAGCUGUAAAUGAAAGCAAUUAUUUAUAUAAUGGUUAUCGUGCUUAAAAUAAAAGAUUGAGUAAUACAGCAAAUAACACAAAUUAAUCUGCAUCUACUAUAAUUGGUUAUAAUGUAAUAAACAGCAGUAGCUAAAACGGAAUUUAGGGAUAAUUAUAAUCUUAGGCAGCAGGUUCUUAGCAAGGAGGCAAGCAGAAUGGCUACAAUAUUUAGGAUAUUGUUUAGUUAUAAUUACCAAAAUUAACUCCUCAUGAUGGAAUUUUAAUGACAAAAUAAAUGAAUGGGAGUGUGAGUGAAAAAGCAAGUCUUCGCUCUCCAGUUAUUGAAUUUGAGAGUACUUUGAAUUCUGGUUCGAGGAAAUAAGACCCUCCAUCUAAAAAUAAUUUAAGAAAUAUUGUUAAAUACUAUAAUUCAAAUGGUCAAACAAAUAAUAGUAAUCCCUACAGCAGUCCGCUUCAGCAAUCUGUUUCAGUACCAUCUGUUGAAAAUUAACCUUAAAAACAACUAGUUAGCAUAGGUUCAUCUAUUUAAAGUAGAUAACCUAGUAGUAAUAUCCCAAGUAGUCACAAUUUAAAAGAAUAGCAAACCAGUAGUAAUACUUAGAAUUAAAAUGGAAAUAAUACUGCAAAUAACGUCAAUUCAUCUUCGAAUUAUUACAGUAUUUCUUCUGCACGCCCUCCAAGUAAUGGAACAACAAAGAAAGAAAUUCCUUUAAACAGUUAAUAUAUGCAGUACUCAAGCUUGGGAAAAAAUUUAAAUUACCUUAGCUCUCCUUCAACACAGUCCUCAAAGAUUUAAAAUUCUUAAUAAAGCAUACUAUCUCCAAACGCUAAGCAAUCUAGACUUCAAAGCAGUGAAAAUUCACAAAAAACACCUUUGAAAUCAAUUUAACCUGCUUAAGUAACUGGCUAUAGCUCUAUUUUUAACUAAAAUAGCAUAAAUUAGUCAAAUACUAAGUAGCCAUCUAUACAAAAUGCAAAUAAUGACCUUUUGGAUGUUCGAAUGCUCCCAAAAAUAGAUAAAUCUAAAAUAUCAACUAAGUAAAUAGGUGUUGUACAUGCCUAUGGUGCAAACACACAUCAAGGGUUAAUAAGAGGUUACAAUGAAGACAGAGUCAGCAUUAUCUUAAAUAUGGUAAAACCUUAAGAAAAAAGCCAUGUUGCUGAUUGGCCAAAUAUCUCUUUUUUCGCUAUUUAUGACGGACAUGGUGGAGCCUAGUGUGCAGAUUUUUUGAGAGAUCAAUUACAUUUUUAUAUUAUAAAAGACGAAGAAUUCCCAAAGAACCCAUAAAGAGCUAUACAUAAUGGAUUUGUUAAGGCAGAAGAUGCAUUUUUAAAAAUUACAGAAUCUCAGAUUCCUUUAGACAAAUCUGGUUCAUGUGCCAUAGUUGUGAUGUUAAUAAAUGAAUAAAUAUACGUAGCAAAUUUAGGAGAUAGUAGAGCCGUUCUAAGUUAAAAUAAUGGAUAGAAAGUUAUCGGAUUAACUGUGGAUCACAAGCCAAAUCACCCUGAUGAAGAAAAGCGUAUUAUUAUGAAUGGUGGAAAAAUUUACUAGAGCUAAAUUCCAACUAUGUAACCCAAGCAGUACCCAUAGUUUGUUAAAGGUCCUCAUAGAGUUUUACCUGGGAGGUUAGCAGUAUCUAGAACAUUAGGAGAUAUUGAAGCUAAAUUAAAAAAGUAUGGUGGCAAUUCUAAAGUUAUUUUAUGUGAGCCUGAGAUAACUUAAUUUUAACUAUCUUAAGAACACGAUUUUAUAAUGCUUGGAUGUGAUGGGAUUUUUGAUAAGCUUACUAAUAAUCAAUCUAUUGAUUUUAUUUGGGAUUCUAUGAGAGAAUAAUUUAGAAAAAAAGAAAUGAGGUAGAGUUUGCAUGAUUAUAUAGGAGAAGGGAUAGAAUAUUUGAUAAAAUAAACAUUAAUUCAUAAAAGCUUCGAUAAUUUAACAGUAGUUAUAAUCUGCUUCAAAAAUUUAGAAAAGCUAUUCCUUUCUUGA